AUGACAUUGCUCCUAUACCAUGAUGUUUCUGAGAAGGCCUUCAGUUCCAUCAUCUAUCGUGAUGCUUGGGAAAUUCAACAAAGGUUGCGUUCAUCUUUUACCAUCUUGUUAGUGUAUGUGGAUGACAUUUUGUUAACAAGUAAUAAUCCUGAUUGUGUCACUAAGUUGAAACAGCUUCUUGACAAGAAAUUUGGUCUGAAGGAUUUGGGAUCAUUGAGAUAUUUUCUUGGUCUUGAAGUGGCUAGAACGGAUAAAGGGAUAAGCCUAAAUCAGAGGAAGUAUGCUUUGGAAAUACUCAAGGACACAGGUUUUUUGGGUUGCAAGCCUAGUAAGCUUCCCAUGGAACAAAAUCUAAGAUUGUCCAAGUAUGAAGGAACACCUCUAGCUGAUCCUAGUCAGUAUAGAAGACUCAUUGGAAGGCUUUUGUAUUUAACAUUAACCAAGCCUGACAUCACUUAUGUAGUGCAUAGGUUAAGUCAGUUUGUUGCAUUGCCUAUAGAGCCACACAUGAUAGCAUUGAACAAGGUACUUCAAUAUAUUAAGGCCUUACCUGGUAAAGGGAUCUUCUUCUCUAGUAGUUCAGAUUUGCAGAUCAAAUCCUUUUGUGAUGCAGACUGGGCUGCCUGCCUUGAUACCAGGAGAUCAUUGACUAGGUAUAGUGUGUUUCUUGGAGAUUCUCUUAUUUAUUGGAGGUUAAAGAAGCAGGGGGUGGUUUCUAGAUCAUUUGCAGAAGCCGAAUAUAGAGCGAUGGCCACAGUAGCUUGUGAGAUCACUUGGGUUUUGCAAUUGCUCAAGGAUUUGAAAGUUCAUCAUCCAAGAGCAGCUAUGGUUUUCUAUGAUAAUCAGACAGCACUUCAUAUAGCUGCUAAUCUUGUGUUCCAUGAGAGAACAAAACAUAUUGAGGUUGAUUGUCAUUUGAUAAGAGAAAAGAUACAAGAAGGGAUGAUCAAAACAUUUCAUGUUGCUAGCAAUUCACAAGUGGCAGAAAUUUUCACUAAAGCUUUGGGAAUAUCUGCUUUCACUAGGUUAGCAGCAAGGUUGGGACUUAUUGAUAUUUUUGUUCCAAAACCCUUGAAGUUUUGUUCACAAGAUCAAGUUACUAAACAAGCAGAUGUUCAGAACUUGAGGGGGAGUGCUGAAACUGAAGCAAGACAUCUACAGAAGCAAUUAAAGAAAAUGGCAUCGUUUUCUAUCAAAGGAAAGAAGCAACUACAGAGGAAAAGCGAUGCUGUAUUGUUAAAUGAAACUUUAGUUGUUGGCACUUGGUUCAGGCAAUUAGAUGGACACGUGUUGUAA